AUGUCAAGAUCAGCAAAUUUCAUGAUAUUGUCAUUCUCGCUACUUCCAACAGAGUAUUUUGUAAUGUCAUCAAAGGGAAACAGGACAAUUGGGGUAGUCAAUGGUCCCGAAAAAUAUGAAACAAUUGAGACAUCAUUUUCAGAACUUAUUAAUGACAUAAAUUCUGUGAAUCCAAAUGGGAAGAUCAAAGUCAAUGACACAGAAGUAGCUGUUGAACUGUUUCUUGGUGGAGACUACAAAUUUCUGCUGAUGGGCAUGGGAAUGUCAGGCGCUACCUCGGAUCAUGCAUGCCCAUGGUGCAAAGUGCAUGAGCUUUUCAGAUGGGACAUGUCCAAAGAUCUGUCAUAUUACAACGAAGAGAACACUCCAAGAAAUUAA